AUGCCUCGACUCCGCCAACCCAAGCGGCAUUUCACCACCACACUCACCACGCGCAAAGAAGAACCCUCCUCCUCCUCAUCAACACCACACACCCAAGCCCCUCCCCGAGUUUACACAUUCGCGGAAAUUCAAGACCUCAGCACGGCCAGCCCGCCCGACGCACACCGGAUACUCAUCGACGUGCGCGAACCCGGCGAACUACAGAGCACCGGCCGCAUCCCGGGCUCGCAGAACCUGCCGGUCUCGAGCGGCGCAGACGGAUUCUUCCUUCCCUCAGACGAGUUUGAGGAGCGCUUCGGGUUCCCCAAGCCCGAUGCGGGCAAGGACGAGGUUAUCUUCUACUGUAAGGCGGGCGUGCGGAGUCGUGCUGCCAGUGCGCUUGCUCAGCAGGCGGGUUUUGCGGCCAAGAUCGGCGAGUUUCCUGGCAGCUGGAUCGAGUGGGUUGAGAAGGGGGGUGAGGUGCAGCGGUGA